CCCUAUGCACUGUCUGCCAGUCAGCACCGAUGCCCGCGACGGACAUUUUACACAGACACAGAGAGAGAGAGGGAGAGGGAGUACAGAGACAAUCCCAUCCAUGUCAAUGGGUUCUGAGGUUGCUGCUGCAGCGAGUUACAGAAGGUAGCAAGAGCUGGCUGUCAGAGCUUUGUCUGAAGCUCAGAUUCAUAAACGACAGUUUUAACUCCUCGGUUACGAAGGGAGGAGAGAGGGGAAGGGGGAGCGCCCGAGCCAUAGCUCAACUCGCUCACUCGCUCACUCAUUCAGUUACUGCGUGUAGUCUGGGUGGCACGAACGGAUCGGAGUUGCGAGCGGGAGCCGGGUGCCAAAUGCGGGAUACGAUAAACUAGUCAUGGCACGUUCGCGGGUGGUGUCACGGGGAUUGCGACGAGUUCCGAGGGUGUGAAGCGGCACGAUGAGCUGAACAUGUGUACAAUCUGCAGACCACGAGUGCCGAGUAUUGGCUCGGCUUUGCAAACCUCGCAGCUAAUUAGCUUGCUUGCAGCGUAAACCUUGUAUUUCCCAGGAUUUUUGUUGACUUAUUUCCUGACAUAGGGGCACAUCUCAUUGUGCUCACAUAAAAUUGAUCCACCUCCAUCUGCCCGAACGCAUGCUCUCUCCGUAGGUCUGCUGACUGCCGAGCCCCCCUCAGCUCGGCUUCGUAGCCAGACUACCGAUCCAGCGACACCAGCUGAAUCCAAUCCGGUAACAGCUCGGGCUGAGUGCUGGGUUUGCUAUUCUAAAAUUGGGCAGACCUCUGAGAGUUUUUCCCUCGGCCCCUCUACAGCUCGAGAUCGCUGUCCCCAGCUCAGCUACUAGACACCAUCCCUCCUUCCCUCCAUCCAUCACCACACCCCACCCCGCCCCACCACACUGCCCUUCACCCCACCUCAGCUCGCUUCACAUUUGCUCUCCCUUCCUACAUCUUCAAACCCCCUCUCUUCUGACAUCACAAGCUGAGUAGCACUUGGAAAACAGAUCCUCAGAAGAUCUAUCCAGGUUGACUCGAAUAAUCAUCCACUAGCGAGGAAACGGAAGUCAAAAGUACCUCUCAGGACUUUUGAUCGGUCGAUUGAUUGAUCGAUUCAUUCAUUCAUUCAUCGAUCGAUAGAGUGAGUGAUCGACUGACCGACUGACUCACUGUCACUACGUAAGUACGUACGUUAGUGCGUACACCCCCCGGCUCGCGAGGUCGAUCAAGAAGGAUCGAUCAUCAAUCCUUGCCGGAACGAAUGUUGACGUGCGCCAGAAUUGUUCAGUCAGUAAAAUUGCCACCUUGGUUGUGGGCGAUCGAGUACAACACUGAUGUGAGCCAGCGAUUUCCAGGGGUCAGGGCACUCCGGCAGCAUUCCUGAAUCCGUAGUCCACAUUUUCUAGGGCUGCAGUCUGCCGAAACCUCAUUCUUUGCUACUCAUCAGCAGCUGCCGACAGACAGACGAGACGGGCUGACAGGCAGACACAGACAGAUCAGAUUAGAUCGAUAAAUCGAGCUUCGAGACUAAAUUUAAUAUCAAACGCUGGCAAUGGCGCGGCCAGCAGCCAUGAUAGACGAUUCCCAAUUCGUGGCGCUGGUCAACAAAGCGGCCCUUCUGGCGGAGCAGCUAGGAUCGGGGCUGUACGAGGGAUGCGACGAGGUGGAGAGCUUCCCGACCAUGGUCGAGACAAUCCGCAUGAAACACCCUCUGUGGAGCACGCAGCUGAAAAAAUAUGGGAUCCCGGGGCAAAGCAUCGUGGCUCCCCUCCUGCAGGCGGCCAGCAAGAAGCUGAGGGAGGAGGAGGUUCGCCUCCGAAAACUCCACAGCAGCUGUUACAUGAAGUGCUUCGCGGCCAGCAGCUUCAAGUUCCCCAAGGAGCUCGCUUCCGGCUUCCAGCGCAUGAUCGACGUGUUCGAGAACCUGCCUCUGCUCAUGAAGGAAUCCGACGACGACGUCCGAGACAUCAUGGUCACCACGAGCAGCGUGGACCACCAUAGCCACAGCCACCACCACCUCCACCACCACCAUCUCGAUGCCGACAAGAUCGCCAACGAGAGUGAGCCUCUGCUCGAGCCUCGGACGUCCAAGUCUCGCAAACGGUCUCGAUUGCCAUUCUAUGCCGACAAGCGCUACGUCCCAAUGCAGGCCUCGGUGCUCGAGGUGAGGGGCAGCCUCGAGAGGAGGACUGGGCCUCACGUGGUGGUGCUUCAGGGAGGGCCGGGAACGGGAAAAUCGAGCCUGGCGAGGCAUCUGGCUCUGCAUUAUCAGGAUAAGCAGGUGUACUAUCCAGGGCAGCGGGCGCAUUUUGCCGAUGGGGUCUUCUAUCUGGCCUGUGGCGGAGGUGUGGACAUUAAGGCCAAGCAGCUGGAGCUUCUGCACAUCCUGGAGUACCCGCUGCACCUUCUGCUCACCAGUGGAGAGUGUCAGCAGCUGAGCGAGUCGGGAAUCCAUAAGAAGCUCAUGGAGUAUAUGGAGGACAAGGACACUCUCGUGGUUCUGGACGAUGUCGAGGAUUACGACCUCUUGCACCACUUGAUGGUUCCGAGCAGCCGGGUCAAGUACUUGGUGACCUCAGAGCUCGAAUUGCAGUGGGCGGAUUCCGUUAACUUCACAAUGCCACCUCUUCGUAUCGAAGAUGCCAGAAAAAUUCUGGCCCAACACAUUGAUCUUCCUGACUUUAUACCAGGACAUUUACAGGAUGUGGCAGACGCCAUCAUUAUUGCGACGGGAGCCAAUCCCCUGGCCUUGGUCAGCUUGUCGCUGGCCGUCAACAGCCGACCCGGUGCGGGAACAGACACCAAGGAGUGGCUGGAGGUGGAGAGGAAGUUCCGUAGAUUGCUGGACGAGGACGAGGAAGGAGUGAUUGCAGCCCUGGGCGAGCAGUACCCGAGGCACGUCGCGUGCUCCAUGGCUCUGUCUGUGGACUACUUGCCGCACGAAGCGAAGCUGAUUCUGUUCGCUCUCGCGGCCUUCGACGACCUGCCGAUUCCGGAAGUGGUGGUGCAGCUGCUGGUCCAGUGCACGAGCGGCGAAGUCUCCAGUUUCGCCAAGUGGAGGGACUACUUGGGCGCUCGCGGGCUCGUCCUGCAGCAGCAGCAGAUCGUGCCCUGGAGCCUCGAGCCCCAGAGCACGCUCACCAUCCACGGAAUCCGAAAGCACUGCGUCAAAAUCACCAAGGGCAACGAAAUCGGCCUGCUCAUCGACUCGCUGCUCAAUCGCCUCGGCGACUCGCACGACGAGCUCAGCUCCGAUGCGGCCCUCAUGACUGCUCUCUGCGUCGUCUACGGCGAGGGCGAGCUUGCCGUCCGAGCGGCGGCCAAGCUCAGCGUGUCCAACUUCAGCCACAUGGGGAGCCUGAUCCUCACGUGGCUCGCGCCCUUCGUCUCCCUCCUGCAGGUCACCAGCGAGGACCCGUAUCCCAAGCAGCCCCCCAUGAUCCACGUUCUCGCCCGACAGGUGAUACUGGAGUUCAUCUGCCACCGGAGCCCAGAGAAUGGAAUCACGGGCUUACUGGCGGUGCCGGAGUCGGCGUUGACGACGUGCUGGGCACUGGCAGUGCACGCGCUGGACAAGCCAUUGCUGAUAGCGAGCGAGGGCAUUCUGCAGGGACUGGUGACGCUGCUGGGGAAGCACGUCCCUCACGAGACGCAGAAGUGCGCAGCAUGGGCGCUGACAAACAUCGCCGUGUCGGACGAGAAGCAGUUCAACAUGGCGGUGUUUCCAGGUUUCCUGAAGGGAUUCGUGCGCCUGCUGAGCAUGGACUCGCAGCCGGAGAUCCAGACCAUCGCGGCCUGGACCUUGAUGGUGGUGGCGGAGGCCGAGGAGAAUCGCGUCGAUGUCGCAUCGUUCCCGGGCGCAUUGGCAGGAUUGGUGGCCCUUCUGGGCAAAAGCGUGCGGUCCGACAUCCAGAUCAACGCAGCCUGGGCCCUGGCCAACAUCACGGGCGAUCGGGACAACAAGAUCACGGUGGCGGAAUUCCCCGGAGCAUUGCAUGGACUGGUGGGCCUUCUGGCCAAGGACAUGAGUCCUGUCACCCAGAGCAAGGCCGCCUGGGCCUUAGCCAACAUGGCCGAGGCCGAGGAGAACAAGCUCACCAUCGCUGCGUUCCCCGGAGCUCUGGAGGGCCUGGUGAGGCUGCUGGGAGUGGACGAGUUCAGCAUCGAGGCUCCGUGCGACCAGCAUUCCACGCGGGCCUUGGGAAAUCUCAACGCAGCUUGGGCUUUGGCAAACCUUUCUGAUGCCAAGGUCAACAAGGAGAGCAUCGCAGUGUUUCCAGGCGCUUUGAAGGGUCUGGUCCGCCUGCUGAACAAGGAUGUGAAUCCGCAGACUCGCUGCUCUGCGGCUUGGACUCUGGUGCACCUCGCGGAAGCCACCGAGACCAAGGUCAAGGUGAUCAUCGCCAAAAUUCCCGGGGCUUUGGAAGGGCUGGUGAGCCUGUUCGAGAUCGAGUCCGAGCACAAUCACCGCGAUAUGCAGCAGCAGGCCACCUGGGCCUGGCGCAAUCUCAGCGCAGCCUGGGCUUUGGGAAGCCUGGCUGAUGCGGAGGAGAACAAGACCAUGGUCGCGGCUUGUCCCGGUGCCCUCAAGGGCCUCGUGGGCCUGCUCGCUAAUCCUAAGCAUGGAAGCCUCCACCUUCAAAGCCGAGCUGCCUGGGCUUUGGCCAACAUUGCGGCCGGUGCAGCAAAUCAGGAGCUCUUGGCUGCUUUUCCCGGAGCUCUGGAAGGUUUGGUGGGCUUGCUCAAGAAGGAGGUCAACCCUUACACCCAGAGCAACGCUUUGAGGGCUAUCGCUCACAUCGUCGAGGCCAAGAACAACAGGGUUUUGCUGGCCAAAUUUCCCGGAGCUUUGGAGAAUCUCGUCGGUCUUCUGAGCCAGGAUGUCAGCUCCUACACCCAGAACAAUGCUGCUCGAGCUCUGGCCACCAUGGCCACGGCCGGCGAAAAUCAAAUGACCAUCGCCAAGUUCCCCGGAGCUCUGGAAGGAUUCGUGAGGCUUCUGAGCAAGGAGGAGAGUCCGGCUGUUCAGACGAACGCAGCCUGGGCCUUGGCCAACCUGGCUGAGGAGUCCAUGAACAAGAUCGGAAUCGCUUUGUUCCCGGAAGCGAUCGAGAGGCUGCUCAGGCUUCUGGAGGACGACGUCGACCCCAGCGUUCAAGCCGUCGCAGCAAGAACCCUGACCCAGAUCGACUCUAGGACCAACAACCGACUCAUUCUCGGUUCCGCCGAAGCGUACCGUAGUCGUGCCGUGAUCAACAUAGAAAUGGAGAACUACAAACAAGCCCUCGGAGACCUCGACAGAGCUCACCAUCUCCAACCGGAAAAUCCCUACACUUACAGCUGGAGGAGAUUCGUGCGGGUGAUGCUGAAGGAGUACGAAGGAGCCUUGGAGGAUGCGAACAAGGCGAUCGAGCUUCAACCCCACAAGCAGUUCCACUGGCAAGAGAGGGGGAUUCUGAAAGGGAUGAUGGGCGAUCUUCCGGGAGCUUUGUCGGACCUGACCAAGGGCCUGCAGCUGAACCCGGACGAUUACGAAUCCCUGAAGCACAGAGGCUACAUCAAGUACCUGAUGCAAGACCAAGCAGGAGCAUGCGACGACGCCGAGAACGCCAUUGCGAACAAACCGCCUCAACUCGACGACCCUGCCUACGGCGCUGGCUUCCUCGGAGGACUCUGCGUCGAGUACCUCGGCUACAAGCUCAAGUGAUCCCGCAGCCCCCGUCAGACACCGUUGAAUCAAGCACCCCACACUUUGUUCAAACCCACAUGUCACGAAGCUGCGCGUCCACGUGUCCAGAUUCUGGCUCGCCAGCUGUCUUCAUUCAAAGUCCAAAUGUACAUACCUCGAAGAGCAGAGCCGCUCCCUGAGACGUCUCCCCGAACGAUGUCCAGGAGCGGUUCACACUGCGAGCCACAGAGGCCCGGACGAGCAGGAGCAUGAAGAGGUGCUGGUUUGAUGCAAUUUUGCAGUCGUCCUCUCAGUAGGGAACCGAACAGCGCAUCUCGUCACGAUUAGUCGGGAUUAAUCUCACUGUCCAAUGUAAUUUAUGAACGGAUCGACUUCGGGAAUAAAUGAACACCUAGAAUUUAGAACCGUUCGAACAAUUCUUUAUACUGAUCUGAGGCUCGAUUCAGAUUUAUCAACUGUAAAACUUUAGAUCUAAGUCAUUCUUUUAUGUUGAUCUUCAACUAGAAGAUCCGAAAUGUAUACUUGUUUCAAUAAAUCAAACGUUUUUCACACGGAUCGU